AUUCACUUAUGAAGACUCAAGUGUGGUGCGUUAUUGAUAACUCGAAUACAAAUGUUACUCUUAUUUGCCUUGCUCGCGGUGACUUUUGCCAGACACGUCGACUUUCCUUCCAAAGCUUUACAAAAUCCUAACCUUUUCGAAGGAGACAUUGUAGGAAUCGAAGACAAUAACGAAAGAAAUGCCGUAAGGGAUCUUUCACUACGCUGGAAAGGCGGGAUAGUGUAUUAUUCUAUAGAUCCAGAUUUAGAAAAUAUAACGCAUUUGAUAACAAAAGCAAUGAAUCACAUAAAUAAUGCAACAGGAGGUUGCAUCACUUGCAAACAAAGACAAUAUGAACCAGAUUAUAUCUUAUUCAUUAAGGGAGACGGUUGUAAUUCACAUGUUGGUCGAGUUAAAGGUGAACAACAUCUAUCUCUCGGAGAAGGAUGUGAAUCCAUAGUUAUUAUUCUGCAUGAAAUUUGUCACGCGCUUGGAUUCCAUCACGAACAUAGUCGACCUGAUAGGGACAAUUAUCUCUUUAUUCAUUGGGACAACAUAGAUGAAGAUUAUUUAGAUCAAUUUGAAAUUAUUGAUCCGAAUUUAAUUACUAUUUAUAAUGAUUUCGAUCCCGAAUCCAUCAUGAUUUAUGAGAAUUAUGAUGCUUCUAAGGAUGGUAACUCUGUGGCUAUGGAAGCUAAAUCAGGAGUUAAGUUGGGGCCACCAGAUGAUAAGAUUGGUUUAUCUCCUAGCGAUGUUUACAGAAUUAAAAGAUUGUACGAAUGUGAAUAAACAUGUCAUAAUUUGUUGCGAAAUAAACAUAAUUUUUCAAAAUGUUCGUA